AUGAACAACUGGGACAAAAGGAGAUCCUGGGCUAAGCCAAGCAUUAGCACUGAGGCUAAGACAAGCAUUAGCACUGAGGCUAAGCCAAGCAUUAGCACUGAGGCUAAGCCAAGCAUUAGCAUUGAGGCUAAGACAAGCAUUAGCAUUGAGGCUAAGCCAAGCAUUAGCACUGAGGCUAAGCCAAGCAUUAGCAUUGAGGCUAAGCCAAGCAUUAGCAUUGAGGCUAAGACAAGCAUUAGCAUUGAGGCUACGCCAAGCAUUAGCAUUGAGACAAGCAUUAGCACUGAGGCUAAGACAAGCAUUAGCAUUGAGGCUAAGCCAAGCAUUAGCACUGAGGCUAAGACAAGCAUUAGCACUGAGGCUAAGACAAGCAUUAGCAUUGAGGCUAAGCCAAGCAUUAGCACUGAGGCUAAGACAAGCAUUAGCAUUGAGGCUAAGACAAGCAUUAGCAUUGAGGCUACGCCAAGCAUUAGCAUUGAGGCUAAGCCAAGCAUUAGCACUGAGGCUAAGCCAAGCAUUAGCAUUGAGGCUAAGACAAGCAUUAGCAUUGAGGCUAAGCCAAGCAUUAGCAUAGAGGCUAAGCCAAGCAUUAGCACAGAGGCUAAGCCAAGCAUUAGCACUGAGGCUAAGACAAGCAUUAGCAUUGAGGCUAAGACAAGCAUUAGCAUAGAGGCUAAGACAAGCAUUAGCACAGAGGCUAAGCCAAGCAUUAGCACUGAGGCUAAGACAAGCAUUAGCAUUGAGACUAAGACAAGCAUUAGCAUUGAGGCUAAGACAAGCAUUAGCACUGAGGCUAAGACAAGCAUUAGCAUUUAG